UCUCGUUAAUUGACUCGUCCGCUGGAGAAGAGGAGGAGGACUGUUCUCCUCCCGGCUGCUCAUCACAGUCCUUCUUCUGAAAACUUGACAAUUUCUCUUCUUCUUUUUACCAUCUUGGUCAGUGAGGUGUUCUUUUUCUUCUUUUUGCAGCGAGAUAAAUCCCUGCGCCACCAUGAAUCCACCUUGUGGAAGAUGCAACAAACCAGUUUAUCCCACAGAGAAAAUCAACUGUCUUGACAAGUAUUGGCACAAAGGUUGUUUCAGCUGCGAGGUCUGCAAGAUGGCCCUGAGCAUGACCACCUAUAAAGGGUUCGAGAAGAAGCCUUACUGCAGUAUGCAUUACCCCAAAACCUCCUUCACCAUCGUGGCCGACACCCCCGAGAAUCUGCGCCUCAAACAACAGAGCCUGCUCAACAGCCAGGCGCUCUAUAAGGAGGACUUUGAAAAGAACAAGGGCAAAGGUUUCAGCGCGGUGGUCGACACGCCGGAGAUGCAGAGAGUGAAGAAGACACAAGACCAGAUCAGUCACGCCCUUUACAAGGAGGACUUUGAGAAGAGCAAGGGGAAAGGUUUCAGCGUGGUGGUCGACACUCCGGAGAUGCAGAGAUUGAAGAAGACACAAGACCAGAUCAGCAACAUCAAAUACCAUGAAGACUUUGAGAAGAGCAGAGUACGAAGUGACGCGCCCCCUCCUGAGAACAGACAAGACUACGAGGAGCAACCAUCCAACCCUCAAAUAUUCAGGCAGCCCGCUGGAGAAACGCGCCCCGCUGCUGUAGCACCACCCUGUGGCGGGAAGCGUUACCAGGCGCUGUACAGCUACGCGGCGGCGGAAGCGGACGAGGUUUCCCUCCAGGAGGGCGAUCUGAUCCUGGACGUGGAGCCCAUAGACGAGGGAUGGAUGUUCGGAUGCAACCAGCGCACGGGGCAGCGGGGCAUGCUCCCCGCCAACUACGUCCGGCCCGUGUGAAAGAAAACGGGACUUCGGACGUCACCACCUGCGAUCAGGCCUCUUCUCUAAAUCACCUUUUGCAAAUAAUAAAAAACAAAGGCUAUUUAAAGAAAAGAAAAAAAUCUACUUCCCUGCCCGUUACUGCUUUGCCUACAUGUCAGAAAAUAUGUUUUGCAAAUGUAUUCAAAACAAGUGAAAUGUCACUUCAGGGAAGAACAAUGAAACUAAAUGUAGAAGUGAGAAGAGUUUUGUUUGUAAUAUAAUAUAUAUAUAAUAUACAAAAGAGGAAGGAGCAGAACAGUGGGUAUAUAUUUAAAUACAAAUAAAAACCCUUUGUUUACUAAAUUUGACAGCAUGUAGAGUUUUAUCUCAGGAAAUAUUAAUCUUUUUAUGUCCAUGUCCUUCAGCAGUAAAGUGCAGCCGUCGCUUUGCUCCGACAGGAACAGACGUCUUGUGUCAAUCUCCUGUUUGCAUCAGUCGUCUUCACUAGUUAUGAUUCCUUAUAAACACACGUUUGGUAUAUUGGAAAAGAAACAUACAUUUUAUGAUUUAAGCUGAUUAUAUUAAAUAAAAAGGUGAAUAUUUAACCUGUUAA